AUGGAGAACCUUGAGAUACUGCGUCCAGUUGACUCGUUCGUGCUACCUGUCAAAGACUAUGUCUAUCAGGCAUGCGAGGCCGCAAUCGCGGAACAUCCGUCGCUAUCCGCCAUUGUGGCGGACGAAGACACACAAGACCCCUAUUUCGUACGGCUGCCAGAAAUUGAUCUUGACCAAGUUGUGUCUUUCCAGGACAGAAAACCAGGCUUGUUAAGUACCGAAGCUGAUGGCGAGCCUACCCCGGAUCUUGACCUGCAAACCUUGCUUGCGACCGAGCAUAACACGCCUUUCAGGGCUCCAAAUCCCUUCUGGAGAGUCUCUGUCCUUCUAGAUAUAGAAGAUGAGCGGCAAUUUACUGUGGCAUUUGUAUAUCACCACGCCAUUGGCGAUGGAACAUCCGGGAAAGCCUUCCAUCGGACCUUCCUACGAGCCCUAGGCGUAACGGAGUCCUCGGACCAGACUAUAUCCAUCGUCAAGUCUCCGAACCUCCCUCUCUUGCCAAAUAUCGAGGAAGUGCACCCAAUGUCUUUUUCCUUAUUCUAUCUUGCGAAGAAAAUAAUCCAGGAAAAAGUAUACUCCCGACGACCCACAGGUCUAUGGACUGGCUCCAAGGUCCUACUCCCCACUCAAACCCGCCUGCGGCUCGUGCCAUUCUCCAGACUCCUUGUCAAGGCAGUAAGAGACAGAUGUCGACAAGAGAGUACGACAAUCACGGCACUUCUGCAGACGAUUGUCGCUCGCUCUAUCUUCGCACACAUCCCGCCUGAGUUCACGCGGCUCGCCUGCACCGGCGCGCUCUCGAGCCGGCGCUGGCUGCCAGAUUUUAUCGCUGAUGAAUCAAUGGGUGUCUGGGUCCAGGACUACGAAGAGACCUAUUCCCGGGCGACAGUCGCACCGUCUGAAGGCUUCCCAUGGGCAGAGGCUAGACGGUCUCGUAAGACGAUUCAUUCUGUCCUGAAAAUGAAAGGGAAAAAUGCUAGCACGAGUCUGCUUCAGUUUGUCGAUAAUUUUCAGGAGGAAUUGUGUUUGUCCAAGGUUGGCAAGGACCGUGAUAAGAGCUUUGAGGUGUCGAAUAUCGGCGUUUUGGACCCGCAAACAAAUUCUGACCUACCUUCUAUCAAGGGGAUGGUUUUUUCCCAGUGUGCCAGUGUGAUGGGUAAUGCCAUUGAGGUGUCGGCUGUUACUGGGGGGGAUGGGUGUUUGGUGCUAGCUGUCUCUUGGCAGCAAGGGGUUGUGGAAGCUGAUCUCAUCAAUGAGAUCGUAGAAUCGACCAAGCAGGACCUAUAUUCUCUUGACGUGGCGUGA